AUGCGGAGAGCUGUCCGGGAGGAAUUCAGCGAUGUGCACGUCUUUGGCUGCCAUUUUCAUUACGCCCAAAGUCUGGUGAAGAGGGCGAAAUCGUGUGGUCUCAGGGAAGGCAUCUCGAAGCCAGGGGCUAUCCUCUCGAACUUUUUGGCGUUCAAGGCUCUACCCUUGCUCCCACCAAACCUGAUCCUGCCUACAUUUGAAGCUCUCGCUGCUAGAGCUAAGAAGCUACAUGUCGGAUUCCUGCCAUUCCUGGAGUAUAUGACCUCUCAUUGGCUGCACACGAUAGGCCCAGGCGAUCUGUCCGUGUUCGGCUUGCAACAACGAACCAAUAAUGAUGUAGAGGCAAACAAUGGUAAACUCUUACGGAAAACGGGCCACCGUCGUCCAGUGUGGUCGCUUCUAGCCACCAUAACCGAUCUCGCCCAAGACGUGGCUCUCGACAGGAUGAUCCAUGACAGGGGUGUGGAGAACAUAAAUUCAAGGCCGAGUAAACCGACCAGACUGAAUAAGCUCAGGGUGAAUAUGUCGUGGGAUCUAUUGACAAGAGGAGACAUUACUGCAAUGGAAUUCAUAAAUCGAGUCAAGUUCAAAGUGGGGAAGAGGAAUCAUUUACUGACACUCAGGAAAGAGGGGCAUACUGGAGAUCCAAUACUGAAGGCCUGGCUAGAAGAGCAGAGUGGAAACUUCCCCGAUGAGGACUCUGGCCCCUCUGGAAACAAGCACGGCGACGAUAGUAGUGACGUCGACGACGCCGACGUCACCUCAUCCGGCGACUCCAGCUGCGAUCGGUCUGAAGAAGACAGUGUCUCAGUCCCCCAUGGAAUACCUUGCCAGAACAUCCCCAAGCGCGACGAUUUCCAUCUUUUUUGGGAUCACACUUAUGCAAGAAAUCCGAACUCUCUUGCUCCACGAUACGAACAACCACAUGAUCGAUUCCCGCCCAUCACUCUUGACAUGAAGAAGACCAUAAAAGACGCGCUUGAGGAGCGGAGCGACGUCAUCGGAGACGUGAGCGUAUCCAAGCUCGCGGUUUCUUCUGAAGACCUGAGAACUCUGAUUGGACUCAGCUGGUUGAACGAUGUGAUAAUUAAUGUUUACUUAAAUCUCAUCGUCAACAGGAGCAGAGAUAACCCGCGUUUGCCCAAAGUGUACACAUUUAACACUUUCUUUCUCGAAUGCUACCGAAAACAUGGCUAUGCUGAUGUCUCUCGAUGGACGCGGCGAGACGACAUCUUCGCUCACGAUAUUGUUCUAGUUCCUGUUCACUCAGCCAAUCAUUGGUCUAUGGCCAUAGUCGAUUUCCGGCGGAAGCUCAUACGAUAUAUGGAUUCGCUCGGUCACCGGAACGAUGAGUUUCUGAUAAUGCUGCGCGAUUAUCUGGCCAACGAGAUGCUUUACAAAAAGAAAAGCAUUCUAAAUUCUGAUGAGUGGCAUUUGAAGAAUGAAGAGGACAUUCCUCUUCAAGAGAACGGAUCCGAUUGCGGGGUCUUCGCAUUAAAGUACGCAGACUAUGCAGCCAGAGACACGAAAAUCGAUUUCAGUCAGAAAGACAUGUCACAUUAUCGCGAAAUGAUAAUGUACGAGAUUCUACAAUCAUCGAUGAUGCCUAUUACCUAUGUUACUGAGUGA